UACUUCUUCGCAUUAAUUUUCUUAUUGGCAACUCUGAACUCAACGUUUACUUGAAAAUUUAUUUUCUUAUCAGGUGACGAGAAACGCCUGACACUUUCUUUAUCUUUGUUAUUGUUUACCUAUUUAUGAUAUUCGUCUGUCCCUGUGUUAAUUGUCUGUAGAACAUUGCAACAAAACUGUACCAAAUAUAACUAAUAUUAAUGGGUAAAAUGCUCAGUUUUUGAUUGCUUUGCUUAUCAACUAUACGAGGCCGCCCAAAAUAAAUUAAAAGUAGCUAGUAGCCAAGCAUGGACAUGUUUAAAGUAGGUGCAAAUCAUUUGCUAUACUUGCCCUAUCACUAACUUGUAUAAAACUUUCUCGUGGAAAAAAUAACAGUAGGAUGCCAAAUUGUGCAAUUGUUAAUUGUAAAAACUCUUCCAAAAGAGUUGGUCGGGAAAAUGGAGACGUUUCAUUCCAUCGAUUUCCCAAAGACCUUAACACAAAGGUAAAAUGGAUAGAAGCAACAGGUAAUAAAAACUGGCUUCCAUCAAAGUUCAGUACAAUUUGCUCCAUUCAUUUCAAUGAGGAUGAUUUUGUUGACACCAAAAAGUUCAGACGUUUGUAUGCAAAAGCAUAUCCAACGGUUCUUGUUUUGAAUACAAUAACUAAUGGAGAAAAAGUUGAUAAUUUAAAAAAUAAGGAAGUCAUUAAAGUUUUCGCUACAUCUGAGGAUAGUAUUUCAAUAAACUCGGAAGAGGAGAAUUGUAAUGACCAGUCACAUCAAAAGAAAGUUAAGAGACCGUUUACACCAAGAGAAAAAAGAUUAUAUGAUUUAGUCCAACAUCAAAGGUUGAAAAUAAAAAGGUUUAGAGAGCAGAAUAGACGUAAAGCUAAGAAAAUUGAAGAUCUGGAAACCAUUAUAAAUUAUUUGGAAAGAAAAAUUAAAGAUCAGAACCAUCUUGUCCCCGACUGAACAAUGUCAGAUUGGGCAUAAAAAAUACGAUUGAAAUUAAAUAUCUGAAGUAUUUCCCUUAAUGAAAUGUUUUCUUUAUAUUUCUUACAAUUAGAAGUGGUAAAAGAAGCAGGGUGGGAAAAAAUUUGGCCAAUUAAAAGCGCAAAAUUAAAUAGUAUAUAGUAAUGGUUAACCCAAAUGGAUUUGAACAAUAAAUGAGUAAUCAGGUACAAGAACCUAACCAACUGCUUGACUUGUAACAAGAUAUUAUAGAAUAUAAAUAUAGACAUAUGCUGAUCUAUUGGAAAUGGUCACAGUUGGCUAAAAAUUGGGUUAAUGAAGGAAGGGUUGAUUUACAAAUUAUAUGGCUGACAGAUAUGACUGUUGAGUCUGUACGAGCAUGAUGCCCAUUGAUGGCACUUGAAAAUGCACAAGAAAAAAUAUUACAGAUGAGAUAUGUGUUUGGAUUAAAUAAACUAAUUUCUUUACAUUGUAUUGACCUGUAUUCUAUAUCUAUAUUUUAUUAAAUAAAAACUGAAUUAUGUAAUUUUUAUUACAUUAUAAUAUAUAUGGUUGAUAGUA